CGUAAAUUCCAGCGUUUAGAAUCUACCACUCUUAGAGGCUGUGCGUAGUAAUAGUAGUUGCAUUCACACUGGCCCCUGCUUGACCUGGUAAUAGCGUGGAAUUCCACAGAGCAAGGCGUUGUCUUUAUCCAGAAGCUGGAACAGUCAGACGCACUACAAUAACUCGCGCACUCGCAUUUUGACUUUGGAAUAUCGACGGACAUACAUUUUACAAUCUUAGAAGUAUUUUAUAACAAAGUUUAACUUCAGUACUUUAAGUUGUAUUUUUACAACCGUCAAAAUUGCGGGGAAACAAGAAUUAGAGCUUAUAAGCUACAGUCCUCUUGUUGACGAAAAAGAAACAAAAAUGUCUGAUCAAACAGAAAGCAAGCCCGAAACAGUUGAGGUUGCAGAAGAAAAACCAGUUGAUCCUCUCGAUACACCAGUAGCUGAAACCCCAAAUGAAGAAGUUGAAGAUAAAAAGGAAGACGCUGAGAAGGACGCUGCAGAAGACGCAGACGCUUCAGUUCUGGAUGUCACAACGGUAGACGAAAAGGCAAAACUGAACGGUGAUGACGACAAAGAUUCAAAGAAAAAGAAAAAGGAGAAGAAACCGAAGAAAGAAAAGAAACCUAAAGCGCCUAAAGAGCCAAAGGAGCCCAGGGCACCACUGUUUGAACCAAUUGUCGUUGACACUUUGGACAGGGACCCCACCCAGCUGAACGACCAAGUGAAGCUCCUGUUCACAGAUGUUGUAGCAGAACCAGAUGCUGGAACAUACAGCUUUGACAAUGUCUGGGUGUUCAGUUAUAGGGCAUUUAGCUGUUCCAAACUGUGGUGCUACAGAAUCAUUGCUCUUAUCUUAGGCCUUCCACUUGCCAUCUGCUGGGGUCUUUACUUUGCUGCGUUGUCCUUCUGUACAAUCUGGUGCUGUAUGCCAUGUCUCAAAGCUUACAACAUCAAGUUGGGAAUUGGUAGAAAGUUCUAUGCUGGUUUCAUCAAUGCAUUCUUAGCGCCUUUGUUUGAAGCUUUCGGAAGAUGCUUUUCAAGUAUAAAAGUCAAUCUUUCAAAAGAUGCUACGAAUGUAGUUUAAUAAAACAUUGAUGGUGACUGUUUCAUAAAAUAAGCGUCAGCUACGUUUUCAUGUAAAUAAUCAGACUGUAAGUAAACCAUAACAUCAAUGCACAGACAUCAUGAGACACUUGUGCCAUAACAUGUAAAAUUGAGAUGCAAAAGCUGGAAGAAGGAUCUGUGUGUUUUAAGAAUUGUGGUUGAGAAUAGAUAAGAUGCAUCAUCUAUUGUCAAUCACUUGAUCUGAAUCAUUAACAUAUACAUAUUAUAAAUAAUAUAUACAACAGAGCCUAUAUGGACAUACAUACAUAACAGUAUUAUAUAUCCAUUUUGUGUACUAUACAUGUUUAGAAGAUCUAGAUUUGUAGAUUUUUCUGUACUAGUAAAUGUCUUUAAUUUGGUCUUGGCAAGCCUAUACCUAUACUCAGGGUCCAAAUAUAUGCUACCUAGUGCAUAUAGCCUAUGGUCAUCAGAAGUACAGUAAAACUUGGCAAGUAUAACACCUUUAUAUGAGGAACAUCUAAGUGGAACACUUUAAAGCUAAACAAAAGUGAUCCGCUUUCACAGGUUUUACUGUACAACCUUCAUACUACCAAUUCACUGUAGUAUCUUUAGUCUAUCUCUAGUAUACCUUUAAGUAUCUUUUGUAAAAUAUUUACAUAACACUCUUAUCAUAUUUUCUGUAUAAAUUGUGUUUCAUUAUAUAUUUUUAUCUGUAUUGAUAGCUAGUUUUCUACCUCCUUGACUCCAUAUUUGAUAUUCAAUCUAUCUAGCCCAUUUGAAAAUAUUCAGUUCUCCUGUUUUUAGGAUACUUCACCAACAUACAGUAUAUAAGCAUUUGGGGACAUUUUUAUACUUUUUACUAUGUGUUUACAAUAAACACAAAGCAAGAUGUUAGAUUACUUGUAAAGGUGGGCAUUUAUAUUAACUAACUGAAAUGUUAGAUUACUUAUGAGAUGCUAGAUUAAUUGUAACGUUAAGCUCUAUGAUUAAUAAGAUGUAAGAUUACUUGUUAAAGUUGGCCAUUACUUUUAAUAAGAUGCUAAUUUACUUGUAAAGUUGGGCAUUACUUUUAUUAAGAUGCUAAUUUACUUGUAAAG